CUCCGCUUUAUCUUCUCAGGUAUUGGAUAUGCAACCCAGGUAGUGAUUGCAUAUGCUGCUGUUUCAUACAUUGUGAUCCAGGCAUGGGCUUUCUUCUAUCUCUUUUCAUCCUUCAGUGCUGAGAUUCCAUGGGCUAGCUGCAGGAAUUCCUGGAAUACAGAGUCUUGUUUUGAAUUUGAUAAAGCAAAUGUGUCAUCCAACUGGACAGCAGCUGCAAACGCAACAACACCAGCAACAGAGUUCUGGGAGAGAAGAGUACUGGGUAUAUCUCAAGGGAUUGAGGAGAUUGGUAGCCUGAGGUGGGAUUUGGCCUUGUGUCUCUUACUGGCAUGGAUCAUUUGUUACUUCUGUGUUUGGAAAGGAGUGAAGUCCACUGGAAAGGUAGUUUACUUUACGGCCACUUUUCCCUAUGUGAUGUUGGUGGUUCUGUUAGCUCGUGGACUCACUUUACCAGGAGCCAUAAACGGCUUAGCUUUUUACCUGUAUCCUGACCCCACAAGGUUGGUGGACCCUCAAGUUUGGAUGGACGCGGGUGCACAAGUCCUUUUCUCCUUUGGGAUUUGUCAGGGGAGUUUGACGGCUCUGGGCAGUUACAAUAAGUAUAACAAUGAUUGUUACAAAGACACAUUUGUUCUGUGUUUGGUUAACGGAGGAUCCAGUUUUGUUGCAGGGUUUGCAAUCUUUUCUGUUCUGGGAUUUAUGUCCUACGAACAAGGACUGCCAAUAUCAGAAGUGGCAGCUUCUGGACCUGGCUUGGCAUUUAUUGCCUAUCCGCGCGCGGUAGCCAUGAUGCCUUUACCUCAAUUAUGGGCUAUAUGUUUCUUCAUCAUGGUCAUCUUGUUGGGGGCAGAUACACAGUUUGUGAGUUUGGAGUGUUUGAUGACCUCAGUGACGGAUAUGUUCCCCAAUGUGUUUCGAAGAGCUUAUCGUCGAGAAUUGCUGCUGCUCUGCCUCUGCUCUGUUUGCUUUUUUCUCGGCCUCCUCCUCGUCACCGAGGGCGGCUUGUAUUUCCUUCAACUCUUUGAUCAUUAUGUGUGUAGUGGAAACAAUCUUCUCCUUCUUUCUGUGUGUCAGUCGAUAGCGAUUGGAUGGAUAUAUGGUGAGUCAUUAAAAUCCGAGAGUCAAAUCCUUGCAUGUUUGCACAGAUCUGGCUAAGAAAGCUGAUUCAAAUCCUGCUAAUCCCACAUUAAUUGAAAAUACACUUAAGACUGCUUUUAUUGAGUCGCUUAUUACUAAAAGGCCAAAAUUUAGGCUUACUGUAUAGGCGUUCAUUCCAGCUAUUCUGAAUCUUGCUCAGCUGGGGUCACAAGAAUAAGCCGUGUCUUGUGGGUACUGGCUCAGCACCACU